AUGAUCGAGGUGGACACGCGUAAACGCAUUACGUUGAAAGAAGUACUGGGGCAUAAAUGGGUCACAGGCGAUCAAGAUAUGCCGUUGCAACUGGAACUGCCCAUGACACAGGCUGUGCAGACAGCAAUAAUUCCGGCCCGAUCUGAUAUCGAUCCUGAUAUCUUUGGCACUAUGACCUCUUUACAGUGUUUUCGGGAUCAGGAGAAGUUGGUUGAGGAGCUGCUUUCCCCAGCUCAUAACACCGAGAAGGUCAUCUACUUCUUGCUGCUGGAUCGCAAGUUACGAAAUCCGAGUUCUGAUGACCCAGAGGAGAUUCGCUCUCGGAGUAGCACUCUGAGUCUGAGUGCCUCCAAAGCCGAUCCGCCUAGAAAGCGCAUCGACAGUCUGAAGCUGACCUUGAACGGAUCUUCUCGACUCUCGUUGGGCAACUUGAGUGAAGGAUCCCCUCUCUCUGGGAGACGUGGACUUGCAGUGCAAAAGCUGCGCAAACAGUCAUGCUCCAGUGGUCUAGACAGUCAGUCAAGUACACCAGCCGUGAGCCCCCUUGGAUCCCCACUCUCGUUGCAACGAGUUCACUGUCGAACCGUGAGCUGUGAGAGUACCGGGACUGUUGUGACCUCGCCAAAUUCACUAGCCAUCCCUUCACCCUACCGAAGUCCAGUCCAGUCUCCCAAUCCCUCCUCUGCAGUCACACAACCCGCUGUCAACUGCACGACGACCGGCAACAAAACUCCCACGGGUAUCAUGGGCAGUGCCAAAAGUAUGCAACACCAGAUUUCUACCGACCAGCAGCACAACAAAACACACCAUACAAUCCCGGACAACUCCAUUGGUGUACCUAUGGUUGGCGGUCCGGUGGGUCCUCCACACCCCAAUAUGAACAUCUACUGUUUCGGGAACAUUCCGCCGCUUACACCUGGAGUUACUCAUCUGAUGCAUCAUCCUCCGUUAGGUCCCAUGGCAGUGCCCACCACCUUGGCACAUCCCUUCGUCCCAGCACUGCAUUUAAUACCCCACUCAUAUCCCCAUCCGUUUCCAGCGGGCCCCUAUCUGAUCCCGGCGAUUCCCCCAUUCAAUGGCCCGACUCCGCCAACGUUCCCACCCAUAACUACAGAGACGUACACUGUGCUAUCGUGCAACCCGAACACGGGACACGUUCAUCCAGCAGUCUCGGCGCCGCAGCCAAACGCUUCAGGGGGUCCAGUCCCUCAGGUGAAGCAACCACCAGCAGCUCAGCAUACGGGCACGAGUGCACAACCCAUGACUACUUCGACGGCCGUCACUAAUCCGACACUGAUGGUGAGCCGGAUGGAAUCGCCAACGGUUAGCCAGCCUAAUGCCCCAGAAAGUGAGGCCAUCUCGGGCCAGAAAACAUCUGACGCAGUAUCGCAGCACCUCACAAGCACGUCCACCAGACAAAACAUCUCGGUCGCGUUGACCCACGAACUCCGCACAACUUCACCCAACACAGCGCCCUCCUCACCAGUUGACUCGCUUCCUGCUCGUUCCAAACGCUCGUCCAUCCCCUACUCUCCACCGGUCUACAUCAGUCGACAUCAAACGUUGGCCGUGGCGAAACACUCUCACAUCCCUUCGCUCAGUGUGACAGACAAAGGGCGUCUAAAUGGAUCCACAGUGUGCAGCCCAGCUCCCUGCGGACGUACGCUUCGAUCACCAUUGACCGGACCAUCCUCACCAACGGAUAGGCUUAAAGUUACCCAAGCCGAAAGCGUCAAUCAGAAAGAGCCUCGUUCCGAUGUCACCAGCCUUGUGCCACAAUUUGUCCAGAACUUGCAAGCCAGUCGUAUGAAAGCAGGCAAUGCCGGCACGUCCACCAUGACCGCUCCGACCAGUCCAACUUCCUCAGGGCAACCUUGGCGGGUCAAACUGAACAAUUUAAAAAUGUCGUUCCUUGGCUCACCUCGUUUCCAUCGGAAGAAAACGGGUCUUGUUGAAGAGACCCCGCCAAGUAGUCCGAAAUCAAGCGGUUUCUCUUGCACAAGACCAGUGACCACAGGGCGAUCGGCGACUACGGAACCGUCUCCACUGCUUACACACAAGUCAUGGUUUGAUGGAUUUCUCACCGCAACAUCCGGUCACGUGAUUCUUAAGGGCAGUCAAAAUGCUUACAACGCAGAGGCCGCUGCUCACGAUGCCGCUGCCCUGGCUUUGUCCACUAACGCGAGACUUGAGGAAACAAAAACUGCGUCCAGCGGCGCUUGUGCUAGCCAACCAGAUCCGAUUGAGCCUCCUGCUCCAAAUGAAGGGAAUACCCCGUCCACAGUUUUAGCUGACGAGACUGGAACCAACGGAGAGGUUUCAACCGAUGAGGAUUCCAAAACGAAACGACAAGUCGCCCCUUGUAAAUCAUCUUUACCAGAACCUGCCACAAUCCCCUCGUCCCCAGUGUUUGAUUCCAUCGGCCCCUCAAAUGUAACUAGUGAGCGUCGAAUUUCCUCGAAACCUGCCGUUGGCACCGGUAACCCCAACAGUCUCUCUGAGGAGACCAACCAUGUCGUGAUGAUCAAAGGCCGAGCACUAAAUCGACUCAAGGCCGAGUUGGUUCAGGUUUUCCUCGCCACACCUGGUGUGGUGCACACGGUAAUUUCCCCCACCAGUUUCCGGGCAGAGUAUCGACGUGCGGGAAGCGGCUCCAGUCUUCUAGCACGACCAGUCAAAUUACAAGUCGACAUGGUCCGCGCCACUGGUGGCAUCAGUACGGGGGCUCAGGCGGCAGGAUCUACAGGUGCACAAGUGCCGUCAGAACGCGAAGUGUACGCGAUAAACUUCCAACUGCUUUCAGGCCCAACCCGUCGAUUCAAACGGCUCUGCGACCAGUUGCAAACAGCACUUUUGGCAGGUACCUUGCCUGUGUUCCCAGCACCAGGUUCAAUGGGUAAUGGGAAUACGGCCAACCGAACCCAUCAGGCCCCCACAUCGCCUCAAUCCACCACCCCUUCAUCCCACGAUUCGGAAAGCCAUCGUGCUGGAGCUGGUGUCCAUUCUCAGACGAAAAUUGUUGGGUCAAGGAUCAACGCAAGACACGACUGCGUGGAAACCAGUAGUAGCAGCAGCAGCGGUUCCGGAACCACUGGGAGCACUCAUCAACCCCCUCCGUUUUCACCGACCCGUCAAUUCCGGCGUGGGAUCUCCUCCCCGGUGCCUGAGCUCAAUGGAGUGACCCAGAAGACGUUGGAGAACACAACCGAAUGCACCGGCUGA